AUGAGUUCGCCGCUUAGAGUUGACCUUUUGGGUCAUAAAGAGACGAUAACGACGCCGGUAAAAUUCGACAGCGAUGACGGAACUUGCAAAUUACGUUUACAGGAGAAUAUGAAAUUGAGCUGGAUUUUAAUUGAUCCAAAGAAAAAUCGAGCUGUGAAUAUGUCGAGUUUGCAGCCGGUAUCCGUCCGGCGACAUUGGUUAACCGGAGAAUUGAAGGUUCGGUAUUCGACGGUGAUGGCUUCUGGCGCCGACGCCGGCGACGGAGGAGGGUUGGUGCAGUGUGGAAUAGUAGUCACGUGCGAAGGGAAGGAAGGAGGUGAGUUGCACGUGAGGGAAGUGAGCAUGCAAGUAGAGGACAUGGAUGGGAAAGUUUUAUGUGGGAAGGAUAGUUUGGUAAUUGUACAAGAGGCUAUGGAAGGAGGAAGGAAGAAGGGAAAAGAAGGAGAAGAAAAAGAAAG